UCGACCGGUCGUGAUGCCGUCGUCGUCGCCGGUGCGCAACGGCGGCGAGCUGGCGGCGGCGGAGGGGAGGGGGAAGUCGGUGGGGCGGCUGGUCGGGCUGAUGCUGCUGCUCCGGCUGGCGGCGCUGUGCUUCGCGGUGGCGGCGGCGGCGUUCGCGGCGACGGACGGCGCCGCGCUCCGGCUCGCGCCGUUCAGGUUCCUGCUCGCCGCGAACGCGAUCGUGGCGGUGUACUCGGCGUUCGAGGCGGCCGCGGCGUCGUGGGAGGCGGCCAGGGGCGGCACGCUGCUCCCCGAGGCCAUGCAGCUCUGGUUCGACUUCGGCCACGACCAGGGCUUCGGGUACAUGGCGCUGGCAGCGGCGGCGGCGGCGGCGGCGACGGCGACGUGUGGAGGAGGGACAAGCGGCGCGGAGCGCGUGCAGGGCGACAUCGCCGUAGGGCUCGGGUUCGCGGCGUUCGCGUCCGUGGCGGCGGCGGCGUUCGUGACGGGGUACCGCCUCGCCUGCUUCCUCGUGACCGGCUCGCGCUCGCCGGCCUCGCCGCCGUCCUCUCCCUACUGACCGACCAAAUCGACCAGCACGCAUGCAGCCCGGAGCAAACACCUUCCGGGCGGCCAUGGAAUCGCUCUGCCGUGUCGUGCUCGAGCUUUGUUUGGAUACAGCUAGCUGCUUAAUUAGCUCAUAAUUGCCUAGGCUUAAUUACUUGUUAAGGUAAGUGCCACUUGACUAAUUAGACAUAUUUUGUAUCCUAUAUAUUUGUAUGAGUGCUGCUGUUUCAAGCUGCAUGUAUGAUCGAGGAGAGCUCAAAUUAAUAGCAGAAGACCAAAUCGAAGGAAAUGAAAGUAUAUGAGUUUUAUUGUAGCAAUUUCAAGCAAAGCUACUCAUGUACUCUCUCCGGGAUUUUUUUUAUUUAUUUAACGUCGUUAAU